GCUGCCCAACGAAACAAAUAGAGCGCCGUCGUAAAUAACACAAACUAUAAACCGUCCGAACACGUUUCGAGCGUGCUCCCUGUACGAAUUCAACGUGCGUACCCGCGGCAUCGGCGGUCCCCUCGCGAUCGUUCGCGGAAGACGCGCGUUUUCCCCCAGACGCGACGACGUCCCGCGUGUUCCCUCGCGGUAGCGUGAUCCGCGGGAGAACGUUUCUCUUGCUCCUCAUUGCAUUACCCAACAACGCGUAUUGCGCCUCGCGGUGGUCCGUGUCGUACCCGGGGAGGUGCGUGCGUAGUCCUAGCGGCGGGUCCAUCGCCUUCGGGGGGGAGGAGAUAGCGCCGACGAAGGAGAGAAAGAGAGAGAGAGAGAGAGAGAGAGUAGUGUUGUCGCCGGGUUGACGCCGCGUUCGUCGCCAAGAUGCGAUCGUGCGACGCGCACGAGACGAGCCCGCCCGCUCCACGUAGACAACACUCGCGGUCCCAUGCCUAGCUCCUCAUGCUAGUCUCGUCUUCCGAAUUGCUUGGGGCACAGCAUGAAGGAGAUGCUCGGAGGGUGCUGCGUGUGUUCUGACGAGAGGGGUUGGACAGAGAAUCCGCUGGUGUACUGCGAUGGACAGGGUUGCACCGUUGCCGUACAUCAAGCGUGUUAUGGUAUUGUCACUGUACCAACAGGACCUUGGUAUUGCAGGAAAUGCGAAUCCCAAGAACGCAGUGCUCGGGUGCGCUGUGAAUUGUGUCCGAGUCGUGAUGGAGCCCUUAAAAGAACGGAUCAGGCUGGAUGGGCGCAUGUUGUGUGCGCUCUUUAUAUCCCAGAAGUUCGAUUCGGUAACGUGACUACAAUGGAACCAAUUAUAUUGCAUCUUAUCCCUUCAGAAAGAUUUAGCAAGACAUGCUAUAUUUGCGAGGAACAAGGUAGAGGUAGUAGAGCAAAUGUGGGAGCUUGCAUGCAGUGUAACAAAACAGGCUGCAGGCAGCAAUUUCAUGUCACCUGCGCACAGGCUCUGGGCUUACUUUGCGAGGAAGCUGGCAAUUAUCUUGAUAAUGUCAAAUAUUGCGGAUAUUGCCAGCAUCAUUAUUCAAAAUUGAAAAAGGGCGGCAACGUAAAAACGAUACCGCCAUACAAGCCGAUACCCGCCGACAACGGUUCGUCGGACUCGUCGCCGGAGAAGGAGGCGGAGACGCCAAUAAAAUCGUCAAGUGGCAAGCGGAAGAGCUUGAGUUCCAAGUCCACUGCAAAUUCUAAAAGUAAAUCCAAUGCUAGUCCCAGUUUAGAGAUAAAUGGCGUCACGGACGACAAGAGCAGUGGUAGCGGUCGUAAUACACCCAAAGAUAAUUCCACGAGUUCCAGUAAGUUUACGACAUCUAACUUUGUCGAGACUAUUGUCACGCAGUCGGAGAGCGUCUUUGGACACGACGGCACCGUCACCGUCACUACCGUUACCACGGCGGCUGUUACUUCCGCAAUGAAAACGAGCGGUGGUAAUUCGAAUGCGGUGCACAAGAACAUUGGCGGUCAAGGAAAGUCUAACUCAUCGACCUCCAAUAAGACAUCGAGUCACACUAGCAAAAAGAGGAAAACCGGAGCGCGUACGCCGACUGUGAUAGGAAACGAGAACUCGAAUCAAUCGGCCAGCUCAGAGACUAGCGGAUCGGUCGUGGUGGCCGUUAGCACUGUUGUGCAACAGACUGUCCCGAGUAACAACGUACAGCCAACAAUCACCGAAGCCACGAGUUUAAGUACAACGACGGAACCGGAAAAAUCGAAGAAGACGAAAGUGGAGAGCCCGAUUCAAUCAUCAUCAAAUACACCAGUCGCUACAGAGGCAACUACCACACCUGUGAUAAUGACAGUGACGCAGUCCCAGUCAUCUUCGGUCGUCACCCAGUCGCCAACGACUACGUCGAACAGCAUCGUCGUCUCUGUGCCAUUGACUGCCACCUCGCUCGCUAACACGGUCCAGAGCGUGGUGACGAGCGCGCCGACGAUAUAUCAACAGCUACAGCAGAGUAUAAUCACUACAGCCGCCAAUGCGGAGCUACGAUCCAGCGCGAUGGUGACCACCGAGAGGUUCACUGCUGAGGAAGCUCCGACGAAACGAUCUCGUUCCCAAUCAUCGGAUAAGCAAGAGAAAUCUCGUAAACCAAAGCGUGGUUCGUCCAAUAGCCAAGGAUCACUGCCGCAAUCACAAACUUCAUCAGUCGUAACUUCUGUAUCCAGCACUGCAGCUGUGGCGACGUCCAAGAGGGGCGCGAGAAACAAUCAUCAAACCCCUCCCCCCGCCGUCACAGUGGCUCCGAUAACCUCGGUGCCAUCAAUAAUUCAAGGUCCCACAGCCACUCUUGGACACUUUAGCAGUGUAAGUGGCACAGGCCCUGCAAACAUUAUGGGACCGACAGUCAAGGAGUCACCACCUAGCAGUCCUGGAUCAGAGAGUAUGAGUAGUAGUACUAGCAAACGAAAGAGGAAAGCUGCUGCAUCCACACCUAUCCCAUCUGCAUCGACUACACCGACCGCUCUUACCGCAAUAAAGGAAGAGAAUAAUAUAAAAUUAUUUCAAAAUGGGGUUAGUGCACCACAUAUGCUAGGGAAUCAGUUGAAUCCUACUUCAACAAUGGCGCAAAAGAUGUCGGAUACACUUUCGCAGGAACUCGAGGCUCAUUCUAUUUUUACAGAAGCGAGUAAUUCCAGUACAACUUUAGUUGGACCACAGUUACAUAGUCGAGUAAUUGCAUCUAUACGAUCUAACCAACCGGGUGGACCACCCACUUCGUUCACCUCGGUUUUCUCCACGAACAGCAAUAGUACGAAUCCUAUACCCGGUACUAGCGGAACUCUGGGUGGUGGAACAAUUCCACAGACACUGGAUCAGCUUCUAGAAAGACAAUGGGAGCAGGGAAGUCAAUUUUUAAUGGAGCAAGCCCAACAUUUUGAUAUUGCAUCCCUGCUUUCCUGCCUACAUCAAUUGAGAGCUGAGAAUCUUAGGCUAGAGGAACAUGUAAAUAAUCUCCUGCAGAGGAGAGACCAUUUAUUGGCUGUGAAUGCUAGACUUGCUAUUCCGUUGACAACUCAGCCUAGUUCACAUCCAGUGAAUAAUAUACAUCCUACGGUAAAUCCAUCUCAUCCUAAUGUCUCGCACUCUGAAGUGCCGCCUGGCGCUCCGGUACCUAGAUCGAAUCGCGAACCGCGAGUGAACAACACAUAUAUGCCUCACUCUAGUUCCAGCAAUCAUCCAACGACAUUGGAAAAUGGUUUGCCGCCGGAUCCCUCCCCACCCGCAGCGGCUUCUCUCUCUCAGUAUCAGCAUCGUGGAUCAUUAGUUGCGCCACAACCAAGCCCAACCAUCAGGCAUAGUCCAGCCGGAGGUGGAUACCUUCAAGGUUCGAGCAACAUAGUAUCGCCGGCGCCGGCGAAUACUUCCGGCGUGGUGCGUAAUUCUUCUGUUACACCGGAUCCUCUACGCGGAGUGCCGAGAUCAGCUUCCCAAUCGUCGAGCAAUUACAUGCCGUCGAUGUAUCAGCCUACCAUGUCCAGUCUCACUGGCAAUCAAGUAGGCGGCGUUCACAAUCUCCAUCCGCACGGACCUUCGCCGACCAGCCAUGGGCCACCGGGUAAACCUAGCUGAAGGCAUCAUCAUAUGUGAACAGGCAAAUCCACAGAUGUACAAAUCUUAGACUGUAAGUUAACCUAUCGCGUUAAAUAGCAAUAAUACAGUAAGUGUACAUUCUCUAAUGACGAAACUGCGUCUAUUUCUGGUGGUGCGAUAAAAGAAUAUAUACAUGAAAUUUUUCGAAAAAUUAAUAGAGAAAAAUGUUAAAUGAAAAACACGAGUAAGUCUAGAACGGAAAGAAACCAAAUCAUACUACUAUUGAUUUCGAUGCAUUUGCCGAUAAUUCGGAUAUUGUACCCGCCGGAUAUUAUACAUUCGGAUAUUAUAUUCCAUAACUUUAAAGCUAAUGUGCUUUACUUACAAUACAGCUUCCCUAUUUUUAGCGUGCCACCGUUGAGAUAUAUCGCAGCGCGUGUAUUAUACGACAAGGAUGAUAUUGAAUGCAACCUAUUUCAAAGCUAAUAUUUAAUGUAUAUUGUAAUUUUAUGCGUAAAGAAAAACGAAGAAUAUUCAAAUGUACAAGACGAGCACUGCCUUUCGCCAACAAGAGCUGUGAAGUAGGUUGAUCGCAAUUCGACAUUCUCUAGCGAACGCAUGAUCGUUUUGUUUAAUACACAUUUCAUUUGCCUUGCCCUAUCCUAUUUUCAUUAAAAUCUGUACAAUCUGAUGGAUUUAAUUGACAUUAUUUCCCAUCAGCAUUGCUGCGUAAUUCUUGAAGGAAUGCAAACAGAAGUAUUGUGCCAUUGUUUGAUCUGUGGAUUAGAAAUACAAUAUUCCAAU